UGUGUGACUGCCGACCAGCCAUGAUCCAGAACAUCUCUGACCUGGGCUGGGAUGAGUCCUCAGGUGCAGAUGCCUUCUUUCCAGUGGACCAGCUGGAAAAGUCAUAUGAGGUCCCGCCCCUGACAGUGUGGGGCGUGGCCCUGUGUGUUUCAGGAACCGUCAUCGCCACUGAGAAUGCAAUAGUUGUCACCACUAUCUUGGCCACCCCGUCUCUACGUGCCCCUGUUUUCCUGCUGCUGGCUAGCCUGGGACUGGCGGAUCUCCUGGCAGGUGUUGCUCUGAUCCUUCACUUCCUCUUCCUUUUCUGUGUGGAGCCCAGUGAUUGGUCAGAACUGCUGACCUCAGGCCUGCUGGUGACAUCCCUGACUGCCUCACUCUGCAGCCUGAUGGGUGUGGCUCUGGACCGAUACCUGUCUUUGAGCCACGCCCUCACCUAUGGCUCAGGUCAAUCACGUCGCAGGGCCGCCGUCCUCCUGCUGCUGGUCUGGUUGGGAGCAUGUGUCAUCGGGGCAGGACCAGCGAUGGGAUGGCACUGUCUUGGAGCGCCAGACUCCUGUUCUGUGGUACGACCUCUGACCCGGACAUACCUGUCGCUGUUGUGUGGUGGCUUCCUGGUGGUCGUCAUGGUAACCCUGCAACUGUACGCCUGGAUCUGCCGUGUGGCAAGGCGGCAUGCCCAUGCCAUCGCUACCCAGAGGCACUUCCUCCCAGCCAGCCAAUCAUAUGCAAGCAAACACAGCAGUGGGAGGGGCUUCUCUCGGUUGAUCCUGGUCCUCAGUGUGUUUGUGGGUUGCUGGAUGCCUUUCUCCCUCUGGGGGCUGCUAGGAGACGCGUCCAGCCCUCCUCUGUACACCUAUGCCACCUUGGUACCAGCCGCGGGCAGUUCCCUGCUGAACCCCAUACUCUACAGUCUGAGAAAUAAAGACAUUCGCAAGGUGCUACUCCAGGCCUGCUGCCCCAACAGAUACUCGCACAACACACACGUACACUACCCUGUGGAUGUGUAGACUGCCAAACCAACGCACAAUCUAUGCUAGACAUAUCACUGUUUGUGUGCCAAGAUACACGCAUAGCUACAUUGACUGUCA